AUGUUACUUUUCAUCAUAUUUUUUGCAAUUAUCAUUGAUGUGGAAAGUUUGGAAUGUCCUGGAAGUCAGCUAACAGUAAAAGAACGUAAAAAUAUCGUUCGUCAGAAUAAUGUAUUGCGUUCACAAUUGAUUCGUGGAAAGCUUAAAAAUAAAGAUGGCAGCUAUAUGCCACGUGGAAAGAAUAUGCUCCGAUUGAAGUGGAAUUGUGAAUUAGAAAAAUCCGCACAGGAUUGGGCAAAUCAUUGUCUCUUUAAACAUUCACCAGGAGAUAAAAGAGAAGGAAUCGGUGAAAAUGUCUAUGCUUACUGGUCAACAGCAAGUGUUGAAAGUCGUAAAAAUACUGCCGGUACGGAUGCCGGCAAAAGCUGGUGGUCAGAACUUCCGAAACUAUACAGGAAUAAUCCAACCAAUAAUUUGACUGCUGAUGUUUCCAAACAAGGUGUUUUGCAUUUCACACAGAUGGCUUGGGGUAAAACACAUGAAAUUGGUUGCGGCAUUGCUUCAAACUGCGAUAACGGUCGCAUGCUGAUAGUCAUUUGUCACUAUAAGCCCCAGUGA